AUGUACAAAAUAUCUGUCCUGAGCAAAGUUUUCUAUUAUAUGGUCUAUUAUUUUGAACGUAUUAAUGGCGUGAUAAAGAGAGGUGCAACAAGCUGUGCAGGGAGAUGUGCGGAAGGGUAUUCUAGGACUCCUGGCUGCCAAUGUGACAGUAACUGUCAACUCUAUCAGGAGUGCUGUGAUGAUUACGAACAGGUUUGCCUGGCAGAACUCUCAUGUAAAGGACACUGUACUGACCGAUACGUCCGGGGCAGACCCUGUGAUUGUGAUCCAGAUUGUCACCAAUUUGGCAAGUGCUGUCCAGACUAA